CCUAGAGGCCCGACACAAGAACCGGGCUCAGGUAAACUCUUAGACCACACGACUGGAGCGGAGCGGGACGGACACAGACUCCAUCGUAGAAGCUAGAAGUUUACAGUAGUUUUUUGGUUAUAGGUCAGCGCUUGUUCAUCCAGGCUGCAGUGUAAAAGGACACCAGCGCGCCUUAAAGCGACGCACGGAGACUAAACUUAGACUGGUUCAUAAAAGCAAGGAGAAGCUGCGACGGAACAAACAGCGCCAGACUCGCCAUGAAGUUCGGUGUGAGGAUUAUUUUACUGGUGGUUCUGGUUACCGGGACGUUGACCCAGGAAGGAUUUGAUCUGUCGGAUGCUCUGGGCGACGCAGAUCCAACGCCCGCAAAACCUGCAAAACCCCAAGAGCCAAAGAGCCCAGAGAAGCCUAAAGGCGGUGGUGAACUGGACCUUCUGGAUGCAUUUGGCCCAGCUGCACCAACUCUGAAACCCAAGAAGCCAAGUUCUGGAGAUUCAGGUGGAUUCAAUCUAAAUGACGCUCUGGGUCCAGACACCAACCCCAAACCUGACAAACCUGUCAUCAACCCACCAAAGAGCGGAGAAGGCGGUGGAAAUUUCGGUGACUCUGACUUGGAUGAUGUCACUGGAGGAGACUACAAACCUGACCGCACAGGAGGUAAAGGCCGUGCGGUGGAUCCAGGGUAUGAUCCUCAGGGUGGAGCCGAUCAUCCUCAAGAGACUGGAUCCGGGCCCAUUGCAGGAAUCGUCAGCGCCAUAGGAGUCGCUCUGGUGGGAGCAGCAUCCAGUUACAUGGCGUAUCAGAAGAAAAAGCUCUGCUUCAAGCUGCAGGGAGGUGCAGAUCCAGAGAGUGGUAAAGGGCAGCAUGGUGCUCAGUCUGACCCCCAAGUUUUCAGCGACCUGCUGAGAACCAACUAGUCGUGAUCCCACUUCAGCCACGACUUCAUUCAGCCUAAAUCAAGUGUCGUGUGACCUUUGUCUGGACUGGGAGGCGUUCUCUGGGUCCAUGUGCUGCCAGAUUAAACUACAAUUUAGAAACUGUAACAUUUUGAUUUUAAGUUUUAGAAUAAAGGAUUUUGAUAGUCUUUUGUGUUGACGUGCUGGAGCUGUGUGUUUUACUGUCCUGUUAGUUUUAAAUAGAAGCCACCUGAGUAGAAUGUACUGCAUCAUGCAGGUAAAGGUCUGUUACAUGUUUUAGCUCUGUGUUCCUGUGGUGACACAGCUGGCAGCAGAACACAAAAGUUGUGUGUUGUUUUGCUGUUUUUUUAAGUCUUUGUUUUUGCACCUUGAAUCUUAAACAGCUUAAACUAUUUUCGGUCUCUCUCUCUGGAGAUUAUGGUUUUAUAUGUACAGGGUUGAAUAAACGUCUUGUUGCCUCCACCUCGGCCCAGUUGACACGAGUAGAUUUCAGAAUCCACUUAUUCUUUUAAUUGAAAAUCUUCAAACUCAGAAUUUGAAAGAAAUAAACCCACAAGCACUGGGCAGAGGUUGAGUGACGUUUCAUUGUUUGUUUGUCAUCUGCACCAACUCAACGCUUCCUGUAGGUGUUUGUGGAUGUAAUGAGUCAGGAUGUGUUGAGUUCACUGACAGUAUGAUAGUUAAAAAGCUGCAACGUGUAAAUAAUUAGAAACGCUGAAAACAUUUGUUUCUAUAGAUUUUCUGAUGCUCUGUGCUGUGGACACAUGGAUUUUAAUGUUGCUUUUCUUUGUACACACAGAUGAAGUGAAGUGAAUGAAUUGAAACUAAACCAAAGUGUUCUGUGUGGUUCAGGGAAAUAACUGUGGAUCACUUCCAGCAGUUCAGGCUGCUGCAGUGACAGACAUGAAUCAGGAGCUUUAUCAUUAUCUGAGGUAACUUUUUCACAGACUGUAUUUAAACAUGACAUGUGCUAUGUAUGAGCUUUUUGCUUAUUAUUGUGUUGGGGAUUGACCCGUUUUACUUUGCACUGCAAAACUCACGUCUUUCUGUAAUUUAGGCCUUUAACUGCUUUUGUUUUUGCAUCUGUAAUAAUAAUAUUCUACAUGAUAACUACAGCAUGUGUAAAUUCAAACUUAGUAUUAGCCUCUUUCAGUUCAUUGUUUUAGUUUUACAGUCCAGAGUUCACAUUAAAUGAAGACAACGCAUGUUACAUAGCUAUUAAGCACAGUGGGCGUUUAGGAGCUGAAGGGUUUUUCUCAGGAGCCGUUUGAGGAUCAGAGCAGCAGCCGUGAGACACUGAGGCACAAACACUCAGCAUCUCAUUGUAUUUCUGUGCCUUCAUGUAAAGAAGCGUCAUGCAGCUGUGAACUGUGCAGGUUCCUCAGUGUCUACGUGGUUCUGUUCUGGCCUCAGCGCCUCAGAUGUGUUUUGGGAACAUUUUGUUUUCACACUAGAGAACAGGUCUCACUCUGUUAUUGUCUCUGAUGAUUAGAUGAAUGUUUCUCUGUGAUUGAUGUGUACAUGAUUUAAAUAAAAAUGGUGGUGUAUUUUA